AUGGCCGCCACAGAGCCAAACCCCGUCACGUUCUUCGACAUCACCUUGGGUGGCGAGCCACUAGGUCGUAUCAAAAUGGAGCUCUUUGCCGAUGUUGUGCCUCGAACCGCUGAGAACUUUCGUCAAUACUGCACUGGCGAGACCAAGGAUCAUUUGGGCAAACCACAGGGCUAUAAGGGGAGCAAGUUCCAUCGAGUCAUAAAGGAAUUCAUGAUCCAAGGUGGCGACUUCUUGAAUGGCAAUGGCACAGGUUCGAUAAGUAUCUAUGGCACGAAGUCAUUCGCGGACGAGAACUUCAAACUACGACAUGACACCGCUGGACUGCUUUCCAUGGCCAACUCAGGACCGAACACGAAUGGCUCACAAUUUUUCAUCACGACUGUGCCAACACCUUUCCUCAACAACAAACACGUGGUAUUCGGCAAGGUCAUCGACGGCAUGGAUGUGGUCAAGAAGAUCGAGAACGUCAGGACGAGGGAUGAGAAGCCAACCCCUGAUGUUGCAAUAGCGCAGUGCGGCGAAAUGUGA